GGCCCUUGAGCUACUUGAACCUUGCCUGGGAACUCCAUCAGCUCGACUCAUUCUGUUGUCUAUCACUAGCUAGUUAGCCUAAAUAUCUUUUGAGAAUAUCUAAAACUAAGAAAAGAAGAAAAGUGGCCGUCUGAAGAUCAAUCACUCUUCCGUAAGGCGACAGCAGAGGAGAAAGCUUUUUCUUUUUUAACAAAGCCUGAAAGUGACUGCGUACACCGAGAAAUCAGGGGCCCUUGAGUAGCCGAAAAAGGGGGAGUAACGUUAGCUGUGGUUGUCCUCGGCCGGGGUAACACCUCGCUGGAUGAGGGAAACCCCGAGGAUCACGGCCUGCAAUAACAUUUCACCAUCUUUAACUAGCAGUUCAGAGAAGAAAGGGGACGCCUGCCAAUGGUCACAUUUGUUCUAACAAGUUACAUGUGUCACCGCAUGUAGACGAAUACGUGGUGUUUACGAGGCACGGGCUCAUCAGUUAAUCAAUUUUGGAUCAAAGAACCUACGGAGCCCCGUGAAAAAAACAACUACGCUGCAGGUGCAGUGGGCACGCUGAGCAGGCAUGAUGGAGGAGCUGCACAGCCUGGACCCACGACGCCAGGAGCUCCUGGAGGCCCGGUUCACAGGUGUUGGUGUAGCCAAGGGGCCAAAUGAGUCCUCAAACCAAAGCCUGUGCAGUGUGGGGUCAUUGAGUGACAAGGAACUUGAGACUCCAGAGAAGAAGAGUGGUGAACAGAGGGCUAGGAAAAGGAAAGGAGAGCCCUAUGAUGGAGGGAAGGGCAGAGGACUCAAGAUCAGCGACUAUUUUGAGUUUGCGGGUGCUGGCGGUCCGGGCACCAGUCCUGCUCGGGGUGUCCCUCCUCUGGUCCGCUCCUCUCCGCAACACUCGCUCUCUAACCCACCACUACCGUGUACUCCCCCCUCCCCCUCCCUCCUCCCCCUCUUUGUGCAGGUGCAGCAGGGCAGCCCGUCCUCCAACUGUUCUCUGAGCAUGGAGGUGUCCAGCAACUUCAACAGACCUCUAAUACACAAGGCCUGUCAGUCGGAGCUGACCCUGGAGAAGCUGACAGCACUGGAGAACAAUAAGAGCUCCGACUUGGAGAAGAAGGAGGGCAGGAUAGAUGACCUACUACGGGUGAAUUGUGAUCUGCGCAGACAGAUUGAUGAACAGCAGAAGAUGCUUGAGCGCUACAAGGAGAGGCUCAACAAAUGUGUAACCAUGAGCAAGAAACUUCUCAUAGAGAAGUCUAAGCAGGAGAAGAUUGCAUGUAGGGAGAAGAGUAUGCAGGACCGGCUGCGUUUGGGUCACUUCACCACGGUCAGGCAUGGGGCCUCCUUUACCGAGCAGUGGACAGAUGGAUACGCCUUCCAGAACCUCAUCAAGCAGCAGGAGCGGCUGAACUCGGAGCGCGAGGACAUCGAGCGGCAGCGCAAGCAGCUGGGCAAGAGGAAGCCGCCCGCCAUGGCACAGACGCCGCCGCCCAGCGUGGAGCCCAACAAGCGCAAGAGCAAGAGCAACGGCCUGGAGAACGAGACGUUAUCACUAGCGGAAUACCACGAGCAAGAGGAAAUCUUUAAGCUGCGUCUUGGACACCUGAAGAAGGAGGAAGCAGAGAUACAGGCAGAACUGGAACGGUUGGAACGUGUGCGGAAUCUUCACAUCCGAGAAUUGAAGAGAAUACACAAUGAAGACAACUCACAGUUUAAAGAUCACCCCACACUAAAUGACCGUUACCUGUUAUUGCACCUGUUGGGCCGUGGAGGCUUCAGUGAAGUUUACAAGGCUUUUGACCUGACGGAGCAGCGAUAUGUGGCUGUGAAGAUCCACCAGCUCAACAAGAACUGGAGAGAUGAGAAGAAGGAGAACUAUCACAAACAUGCCUGUCGGGAGUACCGGAUCCAUAAGGAGCUGGACCACCCGCGAAUCGUGAAACUCUACGAUUACUUCUCAUUGGACACUGACUCGUUCUGCACGGUUCUGGAGUACUGCGAGGGGAACGAUCUGGACUUCUACCUGAAGCAGCACAAGCUGAUGUCCGAGAAGGAGGCACGGUCCAUCGUCAUGCAGAUCGUCAACGCGCUCAAGUACCUCAACGAGAUCCGACCCCCCAUCAUCCACUACGACCUCAAGCCUGGUAACAUCUUGCUGGUGAAUGGGACGGCGUGUGGGGAGAUCAAGAUAACAGACUUUGGCUUGUCGAAGAUCAUGGACGACGACAGCUACAACUCCGUGGAUGGGAUGGAGCUCACCUCACAGGGAGCUGGGACUUACUGGUACCUGCCCCCAGAGUGCUUUGUGGUGGGGAAGGAACCGCCCAAGAUCUCCAACAAGGUGGACGUGUGGUCAGUAGGGGUCAUCUUCUACCAGAGUGUCUACGGACGCAAGCCCUUUGGCCAUAACCAGUCGCAGCAGGAUAUCCUACAGGAGAACACCAUCCUCAAAGCCACGGAGGUGCAGUUCCCCACCAAACCUGUGGUGUCACCAGAGGCCAAGGCGUUUAUCCGGCGAUGCCUGGCCUACAGGAAGGAGGAGCGGAUAGACGUGCUGCAGCUGGGCAGUGACCCGUUCCUGCUGCCACACAUCCGCAAGUCCAUGAGCGCUCCACCCCCUCCAGGUCCCCCCACCCCCUCCACCUCCAGCUCCUACAACAGCAGCGCCUCCAACUGAACACACACACACACACACACACACACACACACACACACACACACACACACACACACACACACACACACACACCCUCCAUGUCCAGCUCCUACAACAGCAGCGCAACCAAACUGAACACACACACACACACACACAUACACACACCGCAGCGCCUCUAGCUGCACACACACACACUCCGUAUCCAACUCCUACAACUGAAGCGCCUCUAACCACACUCCUACAUCACAUCCCCCAACUGAUCUUAUACACACAUGCUCAUGUAUGCCCAACUCCCAUGACCACCCCAAAACAGAUACGUUGUCCACUAAUACCAACUUCCAGCUGCUAAAUACUUAACACACACACACACACACACACACACACACACACACAUACACACAGUAUGGCAAGGAGCAGUGGUGGGAAGCUGAAGAGCUUGAGGGGUGUAGUGGUGUCAGCACAGACGUCGAUUGUUUUUUAAGAACUUGGAGACCACCACUAAGAACACAGAAGAUGCCAGUCUCAUUUGAACUCUAGAGGGCGCUAAAGGAGGCAGUGGAGGAGACCUCUCCUGACGGAUGCGGUCUCAGACACGGACACUAGAGGGUGCUGUUUCACCCCAGAAGAGUACUGUGCCACCUGCAUCCUGUGGCAAGGAUGCUGGGACUUCUUUGUGGAUUUUAUUAAAUGCAGGCCCCUGCCCUUGGGCUGCCUGUGCCCAGAUGACCAAAGCUAGGGGAAGGGCUUAAGGGGGAUCUAGUGUGACCUGCAGCCAGGGGCUGGGGUUUGAGAGGGUUAUUUUUACCCCCUGCAGUUUUCAAGUUUUGUAAUGAUUUUGUUUUUCUUUUUUUUUAUGUUUUGUUAUUUCAAAAUGUUUGUUUUUUAUUAUUUAUAAGAUGUGAGGUUUGCCUCAGGACUCCCCUGCAGAUCUUCAGGGUGAGAGGCAUCUUCAUUAAACUCCUCUGAC